AUGAGGUUACAACGACUGAGCAAGGCUGGGGAGAGCAAAACUGGUAUCCAGACACUAGAAGGGCUGGCGGGGCAGCGCACUUCGAAAGCCCCCAGGACGCCCCACAACCACCCCCCAACUGCUCAGGCCGAGAUCCUCGCCGCUCGCGCCGGCACAGCUCGAGCCCUGAGUGGCUGGACGACGAUAGCCCACCGCGAGCACCGCCGGUGUCGCCAAGACCCGGAACACCGGACGCGCUCGCAGAAAGACAGCGUCGGGGGGCGGGGAGGAGAAGGACGGGAGCGGCCCCGCGCCUUUUCCCCGCCUCCUUUCGCAGACCGAGAGCCGCGGCGGGAGGCGGCCUUGUCGGAAGCCUUUUGCCCGUCUUCUCUCGCUUACCACGCGGCAUCACCCCGAGAGAGCAGUUUGUCCCAUUUUCCAGAUCUCCAGCUUGCUGCUGAGCUUGGGAAGACAUUACUGGAUCGGAACACAGAGUUGGAAGAUUCUCUCCAGCAAAUGUACACAACCAAUCAGGAGCAGUUACAGGAAAUUGAGUAUCUGACCAAGCAGGUGGAGCUUCUACGGCAAAUGAAUGAACAGCACGCAAAAGUUUAUGAGCAACUAGAUGUCACAGCAAGAGAACUGGAAGAAACAAAUCAAAAGCUAGUUGCUGACAGCAAGGCCUCACAGCAAAAAAUUCUGAGCCUGACAGAAACAAUCGAAUGUCUGCAGAACAACAUUGACCACCUCCAAGGCCAAGUGGAGGAACUGAAGUCGUCUGGCUCAGGGAAGAGACAGAGGAAGUGUGAGCUUGAGAAACCAGCACCCAGUUUCUCCUGUCUGAAAGAGCUGUACGACCUCCGCCAACAUUUCGUGUAUGACCAUGUGUUUGCCGAGAAGAUCACUUCCUUGCACAGCCAGCAGAGUCCCGAAGAAGAGGAAAACGAGCACCUGAAGAAGACAGUGACGACGCUGCAGGCCCAGCUGAGCCUGGAGCGCCAGAAGCGCCUGACCAUGGAGGAGGAGUACGGGCUCGUGCUGAAGGAGAACAGCGAGCUGGAGCAGCAGCUGAGAGCCGGCGAUGCCUACCGGGCACGGGCGCUGGAGUUGGAGGCCAAGGUGGUAGAGAUGCGGCGUGCACUGCAGGCCGAGCACCCGUUUCCGAACGGGGUGGAGAAGCUGGUGCCGGACCCGCUGUUAGUUCCUUUCAAAGAGCCCAGCCAGAGCCUGCUGGAGGAGAUGUUCCUGACUGUGUCCGAGGCGUACAGAAAGCCUCUGAAGCGCAGCAGCAGUGACACGGUCCUCAGCAGUCUGGCGGGAGGUGACAUCGUGAAGGGCCACGAGGAGACCUGCAUCAGGAGGGCCAGGGCCGUGAAGCAGCGGGGCGUCUCCCUCCUGCACGAGGUGGACACGCAGUACAGUGCUCUGAAGGUGAAGUACGAAGAGCUGCUGAAGAAGUGCCAGCAGGAGCAGGGCUCCCUGUCGCACAAGGCCGUGCAGACCGCCAGGGCUCCCGCUAGGGACCCGACCGGGGCCGGCGCCCACGGCUGGGAACCUUGCUGUGUCGCCGCCGAGCGCCCCUGCUCUCCUACCGAGGCGGCGACCCCAGAGUACAAGGCAUUGUUUAAGGAGAUCUUUAGUUGUAUCAAUAAAACUAAGCAGGAAAUAGAGGAGCAGAGAGCGAGAUACCGAUCUCUGUCCUCUCAUCCCUCUCCUCUCGUUCCUGAUUGAACCUCCAGCUCCGCUGCCGAUGCCCUAUUUCCCGCCGUCCCUUCUCCCGAUCCGACAGUUGUUGUAGACUCCAAAGCCAGCUGUUGCUCGCGGCCUUUGCCUCAUCACUUUGCUUAUUUAGCAAAUGCAGAGAGCAAGGAAAGCUACCUGUUUGUUGCACACUUCCUUUAAAACUCCCCAGGAAACGCCAUGACACACUGGCCUCUGGCUGGCGCGGGUGAGACUGCAGUUGCUGGAAAAGCCCCAGAACUGGAGGGAGAUCCAGACCCAGGACAUGGGGGAAAAGGGCAGCGUUAGAACAGAGCCGAGGCGGUUCCCAUGGCCUCCUUGCUCAGCUUCUCGGAGCUAUAGAAGUGAGGGGGCUGCGCCAAGAUCGUUUGCAAACACUGCUGGUAACUGUGAAUUCAUUUGGAGGAAUGUUUGAGAGAAAGCAGGAGUCUAAUCCAAAGUAGAUGGCAUUAAAUACUCUUCAGUUUUGUUACAUCUGCUGGCGUUGGGCUGUGACUGACAGAUUCUGGUGUUCCCCACUCUAACCGAGCGACUCGGCUGGAUCAAAGCCUGUGGGUGUGGUCCCCAGGGGCCUCCACCAGCCACCUUGAAAAGCUUUACUCAGAGAUGCAGCCCUGAGGGUAAACGAUGUCAAUCUUUAAUUUCCUUUCUCAAGUUCAGACUGAAAGACGUCAAACCCCUUCCUCUCCUCGGUGUUGAGAGCUGGCAGACCUGCCAGCCAGAAGCUCUCCUGCUCAGUGUUUAUCAUUACUGUAAGUGACUUGGACUUGCUGCAGAAAUCCCUAUUUCCUACUUUAGUAAGCAGCGUUGCUGUCCUGACUGUGUCCUCUCUCUCCAAUACUCUAGUAUGUUUUAAUUUAAAACUAUUUAAC